AUGGAGGAGCAGUGGCUUCCAUGGAAUCGUCCCCGGAAGGUAGUUCAGCCAAUGCCUCUGGGCAUGACCUACAAGCCCUGGUUCAAGGAUAGGCUGCCUUCUAAGUGUUUAGCAAAGCACAAACAGGAACAACUGAAGUUCCCUAAGUCUCUGGAUGGCCGACGUUGGCUGUUUGUGAAGAAAGGGCUGGAUGAUUUCAGGAAGGGCUGUCCUUCUUGUGAAGGUAUGAUUCUUCGUGGCCCCAAUGAGGGCUUUCUCCCCACAAUUUCGCAUGAAGUCCGCCGUGGCUCCAGAAAGACUCAGCAAAAAUGGUGCCAGAACUUAAGCUCGUUUUCCUCUCUGUCGCGGACCAAGAAAGCACGCAAGACCUUUGUGGAGAGAACCGAAGCAAACUUGACCCAGCAUCCCUUGGCUUUCUGGCCCCUGGAGGAAGCAAUUUCUGAAGAUACCUUAUUAAAAGUUCUGAAAAUUCUUGACCCUGACCGGAGGUUGGAGGAGAAAUGGAAUUACUGUGAGGGCCGCAGAAAAUCUAUAAAUGAGCCUACAGUGGCUGAGACAUGCUCUGACAAUGAAGUUGACACGGAACCUCCCGAGUUUCCUUGGUCAUGUAUAUAUAGUAUGCUUAAUGAAAACAAGUCUGAGACACAGGACUCCAGUGAGUCUCUUUAUAACAGGUACACACCCAAAGAAGUCUAUGACUUCUGUGAAUGGGUUGAGUCACUUGGAGUCAUGGACAUUGACGAAGAGUUCAUGAUGAAGCAAUUUGACAUUGGCUAUGAGUGCAAACAGAUCUAUGAUGACUGUGCCAUCAAGAAAAUCAGCCUGCUUCCUCCUGAGCUCAGGUACUGCAGGAGGCUGAGCAAAGUGAAGGAAAUCAGAUUCUCCAUACAGGAGUCAAACUUUGAAAGGAAACUCCGAAAACCACAAGAUCCUUACAAGCACACCAGAGAUAAGAUUAGAUAUGGAGCAUGGUAUCUAAAGCCGUCUCUGUGGAAAAAGCUAGUAAAUGAUGAACCUUUAGAGGAUCCUGCACUUCAAAGUGGAAAGACAGAAAAACCAGACGUCAUUGAAGACCUUUAUGGAACAAUUGCCUUUAAGGAUUUCAUCAUAAGCAAAGGCUACACUAUGCCAAGCAUCCUUGAGAAACUGUUUAUGAGGAAAGGAUGGGAUUAUGACACUGUCAAAACUCCAAUACCAAGAAUACUAAAAGCACAUGAAUUGCUCAUGCAGAAAAAGGAUGAAGAUUAUGAUGAUGAAAAUGACUAG